UCCACUCCCUGAGUCUACAGCUUCUUCAUGCUUUGUGGAUCCCUGGGAAGCAGUAAGGUAUUUUGGCCACUAUGGGGCAGUGUAGAGUGAUUUCACCCAUGGGGCAAAUUCAACUUGAGGAAAAACACCCCAAAAUAGGUUCAGGAAAAUACAUUUAUCGACAGUGAUCACAUGUAUCACUUCACUUUAGCUUAUUAUCACUUUACCCUAAUUCAUAGUGAUAUUAUCCUCUGGUGUAAAACUGGGCUAGAAAUAUAGAAGAAAAUGAAGCAUUAUUAAAGGUAAAAAAAAAAAAGAUUAGGAAAACAGCUUUAUUUUCACUAGUCAAGGAUUUUCAAAAGACUCCCACAUCUAACUUGAAGGGGUUAAAUGUUUUGUGUUGUUCCAUUUGGCUUGGGAAGUGCUCAGAGCGCCAGCAGAAGCCCUGCCUCAGCAGUUUAGGCUGCCCAAUAAAGCAGCAGGCUUCAUACCACUGGGACAGAAUGACGACCACAGCCGGAGACAAGCCCAUGCCACUCCAUCCAGCAGCCAGACAGGACAGUCCCACCACACAAACUACACAAACGACAAGCACACAAAAAACACACGCACAAAGGUGCACACAAAAAUAAACAUUUACACACAUAGAGACGUAUGACCAUUACUUCAGAGUUUUGGGGUGUUGGGUUAGGAGCCACAGACAGGAAAUGACAUUUCCUACGUUUUUUGGGACACAUAGGGAAAGAUAGAGAGAGGUUGACGGAGGCUGUCAGAGGGAGGGUGAGGGAGAGAGUGGGAGUUUCUCUAAGUGGGAACAGAGCCUUUACUGUUUCAUAUUACAGAGAAAAAGAGGAGAAAGAGGAGAAGAGUUAAUGGUGGGCAAGGGCUCCGGUGGGUUGUGCAGUCAGGCUGUAUUUGAAUGUAGCAGCCUUUGUAAGUGCUGUGCAGUUGUCUGGGUUUAUGGAUUCGCUGACUGUGGAAAAUGUACUUCUCUGUAGUGGUCCUUGUCCUGACUAAGGCUCUGCUCACAGAGGUUUGUCAAGCUUUGAAUGUGACAGUUACCCCGGGGCCUGUUGUCCUGGUAACAGAGAAAGACAACCUGACACUGUCCUGUCUGGUGUCUCAGAGGAAGAGGAGCAACAGUUUCCUCAUCCUUCGAUGGUUCUUCUCCCCUCUAACUUUUCCAUCUCUUGCACCUCCUUCUUCUCCCCCACCCACCUCAUCUCCAACACUUGACCCCUCACAAUUUCUCAUCGUGAAGACGGGCAUCAGGAAGCUGAAGCUGUAUGGGAACUACACCCGCAGAUUCCCCCAUCCAAAGUUUCAUCUGCAUGAUGAAGAGGGCGGGGAUAUAUACCGCUUGCUGAUCCUCAAUCUGACAGGGAUGGACCAGGGAUUUUAUAGUUGCAAAGUUCAGGAGAUUCGAAAAUAUAGAAACACAUGGAGAUCCUCCUCCAAUGGUACCAGUACCAUACAGCUGAAAGUGCACUUUACUCCCGAGGAUGGUAGCGGUGAAGGAUUGUGGAUUUUGUUUGCAGAUGUGUAUGUUUGUGUUGUGAUCAUCUGCUCAUUGGGGCUGCUGUCCAUCUUUCUGUUUACCGUCGUUCUAACCUGCCAGUACUUACACAGAAGACACAGACUCAAAGCCAGUUACCUUCUGGUCAGAUGUCCAGAAAGCAGUUCGGGUGAGACUGUGACCAGCUCCAGCAGCUGCUCCAGUUCCUCCCCACGAACUCCAAGGAAAGAAAAUGGACAGAAAACUAACAGAGAAAUAGCAGUGAAGCCUAAACCCCCUGAAGAACCACCAAUUUACAUUCCACCAAAAGUGCCUGUUGCUGCAAAGAGACCUCAGAAGCCCAGAAGAUUGAAGACUCAGCCGAGACGAUCUGCUGCCGCUCCUCGAGAAGAAAGCCUGACAUAUGCAGAGCUGGAGUUAGUCAGACCGAGGAAGGAGCUGCCGCGUUCCUCCAGUCCUGAGCCCACGGAUUCAAGCCCGGACACUGUGUAUGCUCAGAUCCUUUUCCAAGAGAACCAUCUGUAGAUAUGGAAAUACCAUCCCAAAGGAAAAUAUUUAUGAACUUUUUGUAUAACAGUUGCAAUUGUUGUUUUUUUCUUUUUCUUUUUGUGUGUGUGGGUGUGUGUACAUGCUUGUGUUGGUAAGGUCGCAGUGCAGUUCUGGUGUGGUACAGCUGUUUUCUUUUUGUUUUAUUUGCUGGCAUUGGUGGCCUGGGAGCCAGAUGUUCAUAGCUCUGUUAUUACUGUUAACAAUUUCAUAUUAACUCAGGACAAUGUGGAAAAAAAAGGAAAAAAACUUUAAAGGCUUUUUAGGUGCAUUUCUAAUUAUUAUGAGAAUAGUUUUAUGAGUAAUACAAAAUAAUAACAAACUAUGUAGUCCUAAAAAAUCUUCUGCUUCAGUUUAGGCAAAAGAUUUUUUUUUUCAAUAUUCACAACAAAAAUUAAAGGCAUAAGAAAAAUCAGCUUUGAAAAUGAUUCAGUUUAGUUUGACUGCAUUGGUUGUUUGAAGAUUACACCUGAUAAUAAUAUAUUUGAAAAGAAACUAUUGUGACCUAACCAAUGCCAUGAUAGCAAACAUGCACACUUUAAAGGCUUUUCAAUGUCAGUUUUUCAAUAAAAUAUUACACAUGGGAAGCAC